CCUCCUAAGAGCCAAUACCUAGCCAUGGCUACUACCUACUUCACCAUCGCUCCUUGCCAGUAUGUCCUCUGCCAAAAUGAGGUUACCAUGAAGUUGUAUUUGCACCAAGUCGUGCAAGGACAACCCAACCAAAACCAGGUAGCCAUGGUUCCCUCCCUCCAACCUGCUGGGUUUGGUACCAUCGCAGUUAACGAUUGGACUGUGAUCGAUGGACCUAACCCCAGUGCAAAUAUUGUGGGACGUGCAAAAGGCGUGCAUAUCCAGGCUGAUCAAGCCAAUGCUGGGUGGUACACUUCUCUCCUCAUAAUAUUUGAGGGUGGCAGGUUUAAGGGAUCCUCGCUUCAGGCUCUGGGAAUUACAGCAUCCACAGGUGAACUUGCAAUUAUUGGUGGUACUGGGGAAUUUAAGAUGGCCCGUGGUACUAUCAAGUACAAAAUAGUCUUGAACACCCCCAACGUUGAGAGUAUUAGAGAGCUUAAUAUUCAGGCAUUCUACACUCCGGAAAUUCCCCCAGCUGCCCAGGGUGCGGUUACUAUUGUGAAUGCAGCGGGUCAGGCUCCCAAUUGAACAAAAUGGAAAACUCCUGCAAACAUGAAUAUCUAUGUUGCCAUAUCGUGGAAACUGCAUACCACCCUUCUCCUUUUCCAUUCAGAAUAAUACUUGGCGAGGGAUCGUGAACAUCCCACAUCCAAGUACUACAGACUGUCUGCUGUUGCUGUUUUGUGUAAUGUUUGAUUGCAUGGUGUGGACCUUGUCAUGUGGAAAUGGUCCAGAGAAUAAUAUUGGAGUUUCCUGGAAUGCAUAUAUAAGAAGUUUAUGUUUACAUACUCAGCGAGUUACAGAACGAAAAAAAUUAUUUGAUUGGUGUGGCACAACACGCGCACUGAAGAAUUUUCACACGCGUGCGCCAUUAUAUUUAAAUGACACCAGCUACUGCACAUGUACUAGGCUAGGGCUGUCAACAAAUUGUCAAUAUGUGCAAUCAUUUGACGGUACCACUUCU